UCGAAGGACUAAACUUGUGCUUGUGCUUUGCUCAGGACAACAGACCAGACAAGAAGACGGAACCUCAAGAGCGAAAAAUUAUUCAAGAAAGAUUUUUUUGGUGAUCAAGAAGGCAACCCCUUGAAAGGUGUAUCAAGAAUCAAAGAAGAAGACACCCAGUGAUUUUCAAGAAAAGAAAAACCCAUGGGAAUAAUACAAAAGUGAAAUUGAUCAAGAAAAAAUAAUUUUUAUUUUUUUGGUGUAAUAUUUCAAUAUUUACGAGAAAAAAAAUUGUGAUGGAUGGAGAAACGAUUCAACGGGCACCUGCGCCAAGGGCACAAUUUCAACCAGCGCAACCGCCACAGCUUCAGCAACAACCACCCGUUGCUCAAGCACCGCCGCAGCAGCAAUUCCAGCAGUUUGGAUCGGCAGGAUCUGCUGGUAAUUCAGCUCCAGGGCAGCAAGGGCAAUACCAGCAGCCAGUUCGUCAAGUAGUCCCACCGCCAGCCACUACUGCACCCGGUGGUCAGGGUUCAAUCACAAGUUUUGCUGGGAUUCGUCAAAAUAUUCCCCAGCAAGGAAGUCAACAGCUUCCCGUGACUUCGCAACCAAUUCGUCCUCAGCCAUUGCAACCUCAGCAACAACCUCAGUUGCGACGUCUCGAUAGUCAUACCUCACUGCAGUCCACCCCACAAGCGCCAAUUGUUCAACCUCCUCAGCAAAAUCAACACCAGGUCCCUUAUCCUAGACCUCUAAACCCCCAGGGGCCACCUCAGCAACCGGGGGUAAGACCUCAACCACAACCAGGUCUGGUCCAGAGACCACCAAAUUAUCCACCCAACGUAGUUCCCAACCAAGCGCCGAGGCCUCAACAACCAAUUCAGGUACCCCAGAACAGGGGUCAGUUUCCCCAACAGCUUCAACAACAACAACCACAACAACAGCCACUACAGCAACCCAGACCGCAAUUUAUUCGACAACCUGGUCCCCAACAAGGUUCAGUUCCAGGUCCUCGUCCAGGCUAUAUAGCCCAACCUCAACGUCCAAUUCAACCUCCGCUAAGGCAACCAGGAAUAUAUCAACAGAACCCAGCACCUUUUACAAUGGCAUCUGAAGUUGCAGCUCCGCCAAAAGUUGUGGACAAUGCACCUAGUCAUCUUCAGGCUGGUCACAAUGAUGAUGAUGAUGUUGUAAUGGGACGAAUGCAGACUCCCUCCUAUUCCCCAGUCCCUCCGGUACAAUCACGUCCACCUUCAAGUAAUGUUGUCACAAUACCAGUUACCCAAAACAACAAUUCUCCAGCUACAACAACAUUCGGGAAAAUAUCUGAUUCAUCCAAAUCACCAUCACCUCAGCCUCCACAGACCACAUUCCAGCAGCAGCCGAUUCAGAAGAGUGAUAGUCAACGAUCUGUUCCAUCGAGACCACCUUCGGUAAUUGAAAACACAAAGCCAGUGGUUCCGGAAACAAAUGGAAUGCAACCAAAGCCUGUCCCUUACACUAAUUCAGCCGGAUCUGUGCGUACCGUAAAUCCGGAACCUGUUCAAACAAGGCCAAAGCCUGUUGAAUCAACAAUGCCUGCUCCGGUUGUAACCUCAGCUCCAGUACCAGUUCCAGCAGCAGUUCCAGCUCCAGCUGUGGUUCCAGCCCCAGCUAUUCGUCCAGUGAAUCCUCCUGCUCCAAGUGCAAGGACUACAUUUGCAUCCGCUCCACAGAAACCACCUUCGGCACAAUCGUCAGUGGAAGACACCACCGAACACCUAUCGGGACCAAUACAAAAGACAGCAGCACCUCAAGUGCCUUAUAAGGAAACCCCCCGACCACCGGUGAUCUCAAACUCUGUCACAAACCAGGAACCAGUGAGGCAACCUUCGUCUCAGAGGUCAGAUAGAGAAAAUUUAUCUGCACGAGGAAAACCAUCGAUUGCAGAUACUGAGCCAAUUUCUCGGAAGCCACCUCCAGGAUCUCUAGGCCGAAUGCCGUCUAAAGGGGACAAUGACAGUGGUGUGGAUGAAUCAACGCAAGGCAAUGAACGCAACGGACCCGGAUCUCCAGGCUCUCCUGUUAAGUCACCAACUAAGAUUCCCGGACUAUCCCGUCCCCCAAGCACUACGCCCUCCAUCAAGUCACGAAGUACUUCAAAAUCUCGCUUGACCGACAAGACCCCAGAAGCAGAACCCGUGAAAAAAGCAGUCCCAAUGAAUAAGAUCCAGGUUGGUGGGGCACCGUCACCAAAUCUCAAAGCAGUUAAAUCAAAGAUCGGCUCCCUGGAGAAUGCAACACACAAGCCAGGUGGCGGAAGGGUGAAGAUUGAGUCCAAGAAGGUUGAGAUUAAAGCAGCACCACGGAUUGCAGCUAAAAACGACGCAUACGUUCCCGGUGGUGGUGAUAAAAAGAUUGUCCAGACGAAGUUACAGUGGAGCGCCAAGUCCAAGAUUGGCUCUCUUGAGAAUGCUCAUCACAAGCCAGGUGGAGGUGACAAGAAGAUUGAGUCCCAGAAGUUGGAGUUUAAGGCAAAGCCAAAAGUUGGCUCCAAGGAUUACAUCAAGCACGUUCCAGGCGGAGGAGACGUCAAGAUUGCUAAUGAAGAAUAUGAUGAUGAAAGUAUCCAAACUCACAAAGUGGAGGUGAAGGCGCAGAGUAAGAUUGGAUCACUGGAUAAUAUGAAACACAAACCAGGUGGAGGUGAUAAGAAAAUCUUCGAUGAUAAGGACUACUUGAGGAGUAUUGAACAUCCCAUUACUCCAACUCCACCGACCCAGACUCCAGAUCCAAAUGAUGCCUCCACUUUUGCAGAUGAUGUUUUAAACAAUAAGGAGUGAAAAGAUUUUAAUUAACUUCUCAGUAAAUUCUCAAGCAAAUUUUAUUCUUAUCCAUAGUUUUAGAACUCUUUGUAUUUUUGACAGUUUAUUUUGCUUUAAUUUUUUGUGCAUCUUGAUUUAAUGUUGAUUUUCUAUAUGGCAAAUGAUUAACCAAAAAGAAAAUACGAUAUGGAAGAAGGAGAAUGAAAUAAUUUGUAUUAAUCAUAGUGUUAGUACUAUUUAAUUGAAUUUUAGGGUAAUGGAUGGAACAAAAAAAAAGAGAAAUAAAGACAGAGGGAAUAUUGAGAGUUUCAUGUACGGAGGGUAAUUUAAGAUAGCAAUUAAUUGCUUCAUUUUUUUCUAGAAAUUAAUCAAUUAACCCAGCAAUUGAAUUAAUGGCAAAGAAAUUACCGCCUUUUUGUAUGAAAGAAAUUUUGUGGAAAUGGUUUUAUAAGGCAAAAUAUCUUUGAGAGCUGAUACUGCUAGUCACUUUUGUUGCUGCAUGAAUUUUGGGUUUUGUUUUUUUUUAAUCAUCUUAAAAAGACAUUAUAUAAAAUGUUUCAUAUUUUUUAGGAUGUUUAUUUGAUAAACAGUAAUUUAUAUUUUAUUUUCUCUUCGUUACUUUUUAUAGAGCACUGUACGGGUUCGCUAAAAGCAUAAAAAAAUAGGCCGAAAUAAGAGAUUUAAGGCACUAUAUUUCUUUUCAUUAUUCUUUUUUUUUAAAAUCACAAUGUUGACUUUUUCUCGUUUGUGCUGAAAAAAAUUCUUUUGUUUUCGUGAAAAUUUAUGCAAGACAUCAAAAAAAGAAUUGUAUUUAAAAGCUAUCCACAACAUUGUACACCAUUUUAAAGUAGUUGAAGAGAUAAAAUUUAGAGUUAAUACUUGAAUUGUAUUUUAUAAAAUGACCAUUGAUUGUAAGAAUAUUUAAAAAAAAUAAUUAUUUUGACAUCUUAAUUCAGCAAUAGAAAAAAAACACCAUAGACAUCAUUUAAUGAUUAUGAAAACUCUAAUAAACUGUAGCAGCAUGUUAUCAUACAAAUAUUGAAGUAUAUUGAGACACAAAUUUGAAAAAUAAACAUAAAUAAAUCACGUAAUAAAAAUUUUUCUUAGAAAUAAUCUGUGAAGAUAUAUUGCUAUAUUUACCACUUCAAAAGAAAAGUAUAAUAAAGAUAAAAUUGUUUUUAAAUGUA